CUUCAAACAAAUAUGAGGACCGCAACUUUGAUCCUGCUUUGUGUCACAGUCUUCGGAGCUGGACUUGCUCAUUACCCUGGUAAGUAGGCUAUUUCAAUUCUAAGAGGGCAUUAGUAUAUCUACCAUUUUAUUUUUAGUUCAUGUGUUUAUUUAAUAAAUUCUUUCCGUUAUUUCAUAUGUACGAAAGGCACAUUUUGCAGUAUCCAUAUGGUUAACUUGAUAAGUGAAUAGCAGAUUCAGAUGUUGAAAGCUAGUAAUAACAAUUACCUUUAGUUUUUGUUGUAAUAGCACUAUAUCUUAUCUGCUGUUCCUUCAAAUCAAUAGGUGGAAGAUCUGAGAAAUGUCUAUGCAGGGGAAAACUAAUGCAGUCUGUGAGGAUAAAACGCAUCCAGAAGUUAGAGGUGUACCCAAACACUGUAUUCUGUGCAAAGACAGAAAUGAUGUGAGUAUUACAAAUAAUUAUAUUUACAAUCAGAUUGUGUGGAAGUGAGACUACAAAUAUAUUGUUUUGUAUCUUUGUAGUGCCACAAUGAAGAAUGGUAAGAAAAAAUGUCUGAACCCAGAGGGCAAGCAAGGAAAAAGGUUCCUGAUGAGAAAAAGGUAAAACAUUUUCCCAUCAAAGCUUUCCUCAAUGUAACUUGCAAUAAGCCAUUUUUUUCCUAAAUUAAAAGUUCCUUACUUACAUUUCAGACUGGAGGAGCAACAGAAGCCAAAAUGAGGACUGGGAAGGAGAAACAAAAAUUAUUCAAAUCAAAUUAGAAAAUAGUGUGUGUUCAUGGCACAAGUGUGUGUUGGUCGAGCUGGAGACGGUCACAGCAGCCUGUCUGGGAGUGGAGGGGUUCCUUCCCGGAAUACGUUCUGGAUAUUGCAUAGUACACAAUGUAUCCAUGCAUUCCAUUCCCAUGUAAACAGGGAAAAGGCCAAGAUGUUGUCAUAGAGACUUACCUCAAUGGUUCUCAUGGACAUUUGUUUUACAUGUGUUCAUGGCAGUGAAUGUUUGUGUGGGUUAUAUCACUAUAUUUACAUGUCUAUGUUUAGCCUCACUUCAGAAAGUAAUGUAGCACACUUGCUCUGAGAUUUGUUACAAAUUAAUCACUUUUGUGAAUGAAAGCCAACUGCUUUUAUAAAUGUUCACCCAUAUCACAACAGCUGUUGUGUACUUGCAUUAAGUUUUGUCACAUCUAUACUGAACAAAAAUAUGAAUG